AUGUUUUAUGCACCUGAAAUUUUGAGCUACAAAAAUAAAACUGAACUAUCGCUGGUAUACUACAUGAGUACAGCCAAGAAUCCUAAAAGGUUUGCCAGAAAGGAUGUGGUCGAGCUCAAUGUAGAAUCAAUCAUCAAUCAGAUGAAGAAUCCCAAGGUUCCCUUUGCAUUGCGGCUAUAUUCAUAUCUCUUAAAAGGAAUUGUAAGGAUCUGGGUGAUGAAAGUUGAUUUUUACAAAGGCAAGGUGCAAAGUCUACUUUCUAAGAGUAUGUCAAGACCAAAGAACAAUGCACUAAGAAAAAGAGAGAUAUCAUCCUUGAGCAACGAAAUAAACCUAAGGAUAAUUGAGGAUUUUAUAUCUGAAGUUGAAGAUCUUAGUACAAAUACAGAGAUAAAUUUGAUACGACCGAAUGGAAAUACACUACGAUUUGGCGCCAUACCAGAUGGAUUUAACAUUGAUGGACUUUGUAGCGCUUAUGAUGGAUUUAAUGCUGAUGGGCUUUCUAUGGCACAAGAUGGGUUUGAUGUUGAUGGAUUUGCUGAGAGUAUAAAUUCCAAUAUUCCGAGCAAUGCCAGCAGAAGAGUGUCAAGCAUGAAAAUUGACAGGAAAAUUGAAAUGAAACCUGAUGAAGUAUAUGCAAAAAAAAUAAAAACAAGCACAUUUGAGGUUCCUAGUCUUAUUGACUGCCAUGCAAUUCAGCUAUUUGAAAGAACAAUGUGUAAGAGCAAAGCUGAUGCUAAUCAAUCUUACAACGCAGGGAUUGGCUUUGAUUUCGACACUGUCUCAAUAGAAGACCCAAGAGUAUCAUCCUCACUGAGCCAAGAGAGGAGUAUUGAAAGAGAACGGCCAGCAGUGUCCCAAAAUGAAUUGCAGGCACUAUGGUUUUAUAACCUUUUAGUUUCAGCCACAAAAGGGGAAGUAAGAUUGGUUCAGAGCGAGCCAUUUUCAGAAAUAGUAAUUGAGAGGCCAUCUAAUUAA